CAAACAAGUUUUGCUAAAAGCCCUAUGCUUUCAGCUGUCAGCUGCCUCUCCAUUUACUUUCCUCCUUUUCUCUGGGACUUGUACAUCUCUGGAUCAGCACUUCUCCUACAUCAGUUUCUAUUAUCUCAAGCUUUUUUCCCUAACUUCUUUAUCACAAAGCAGGGCUGCUGUAUUUAUCUGUGCACCUCUGCUCCCUACAAAGCAAGGAUUGACUGAAAGGAAACAGAAGACAGGAAGAGUAAAGGGAAAGGUGGAAGUGGAUUACACUGGGAUAACCCACACACCCCUCCCGCUUCUCUCUGAGCCCGCUGAAAGAGUUAACCGCAACUUGCCAAGAAACAUCUCACACUUUCCAACAAGAGGACAAAUAAUAAGGGAACUAAUUUGAUUGUUGAGGUCUGUUUCAGCAGCUUGAACUCAAUUUCACAGUGUGGCUUUGGAUCCAGCCGUCCCUACACCCUCUAUUUUUUUUUGUUCUCCUCCCUUUUUUUUUCUCCCUUCUCCUUAAUCCUCUUAUAAAAAGCAGAAAUCUAAAGUCAUCAUGAGCACUAACGACUUCUACGACCAACACCAGUUUCAUCAAGGCGAGGAAGCGGAUGAGAUGCCAGCUACAGAGAAAGACCUGGCAGAAGAUGCCCCCUGGAAGAAAAUCCAGCAGAACACCUUCACCAGGUGGUGCAAUGAGCAUCUCAAAUGUAUGAACAAACGCAUAGGGGACCUGCAGAAGGACCUGACCGAUGGCCUCAAGCUCAUAGGCCUGCUAGAGGUGCUGAGUCAGAAGAAGAUGUACAGAAAGUACCACUCCAGACCCAACUUCAGGCAGAUGAAGCUGGAGAAUGUGUCUGUGGCGCUGGAGUUCUUGGACAGAGAACACAUCAAGCUGGUGUCCAUAGAUUCAAAAGCCAUUGUGGAUGGAAACCUUAAGCUGAUACUGGGUCUGAUCUGGACUCUCAUUCUACACUACUCCAUUUCUAUGCCUAUGUGGGAAGAUGAGGAUGAAGAAGAUGCAAAAAAGCAAACUCCCAAGCAAAGACUUCUGGGAUGGAUCCAGAACAAGAUUCCACAGCUUCCUAUCACCAACUUUCACCGGGACUGGCAAGAUGGCAAAGCACUGGGUGCCCUGGUUGACAACUGUGCUCCAGGUCUGUGUCCGGAUUGGGAGGCCUGGGACCCCAACCAGCCUGUGGAGAAUGCAAGAGAGGCAAUGCAACAAGCUGAUGACUGGCUAGGUGUGCCACAGGUCAUUGCUCCUGAAGAAAUUGUUGACCCCAAUGUAGAUGAACAUUCAGUCAUGACCUACCUUUCCCAGUUCCCCAAGGCCAAGCUGAAGCCCGGUGCUCCUCUAAUAUCAAAGCAGCUGCAUCCCAAGAAAGCCAUUGCCUAUGGGCCAGGAAUUGAGCCUCAGGGAAACACAGUUUUGAAACCCGCCUUCUUCACAGUAGAAACUAUUGAGGCUGGACUGGGAGAAGUGCUGGUAUUCAUAGAAGAUCCCGAAGGACAUACUGAGGAGGCAAAGGUUAUUCCCAACAAUGACAAGAAAAGAACCUACUCAGUCAGCUACGUGCCAAAGGUGGCAGGUCUUCACAAGGUCACAGUUUUAUUUGCUGGACAGAACAUCAACAAAAGUCCAUUUGAUGUCAAUGUUGCAAUGGCACUUGGAGAUGCCAACAAAGUGACAGCAAGGGGACCGGGUCUUGAACCAGUGGGAAAUGUUGCAAACAAGCCAACCUACUUUGAUAUCUACACCGCAGGUGCUGGUUCAGGUGAUGUUGGGGUGGUCAUAGUUGAUCCUCAGAAUCGUCAAGACACAGUGGAGGUAAUCUUGGAAGACAAAGGUGAUAGCAUCUAUCGCUGCACAUACAGACCCAACAUGGAGGGACCUCACAAGAUCUACAUUACCUUUGCUGGCGCCCAGAUUCCAAAGUGUCCUUAUGUUGUUAAUAUCUCAGAAGCUAUUGCCUUGGCUCCCAGCACCCUUCCCUUGCAAGUCACCCCUCAGGCCAUUUCUACCCCACCUCCUGAAAAAGCAAAGAAAGUGGCUCCCCCACCUCCACCUAAACCUAAGCCACGCAAAGCAACUUGUAACCCCAAUGCCUGCAAAGCUUCUGGUCGAGGACUGCAGCCUAAAGGAAUACGUGUUAAGGAAGUGGCUGACUUCAAAGUGUUCACCAAGGGUGCAGGAAGUGGAGAACUGAAAGUUACCGUUAAAGGGCCCAAGGGUACAGAGGAGCCAGUGAAAAUCCGAGAUGUUGGAGACGGAGUUUAUGAGUGUGAUUAUUACCCAAUACUGCCAGGAAAAUAUGUUGUGACCAUCACUUGGGGUGGAAUUGCCAUUCCUAGAAGCCCAUUUGAGGUUAUUGUCAGUCCUGAGGUCGGAAUACAGAAAGUUAGAGCAUGGGGUCCUGGCCUGGAGACUGGCAUGGUGGGCAAAUCUGCUGAUUUUGUUGUGGAAGCCAUAGGCACAGAGGUUGGAACACUUGGUUUCUCUAUUGAGGGCCCCUCACAGGCAAAGAUCGAGUGUGAUGACAAGGGAGAUGGCUCAUGUGAUGUGCGCUACUGGCCCACUGAGCCUGGCGAGUAUGCUGUGCAUGUAAUCUGUGAUGAUGAGGACAUCAAGGACAGCCCUUUCAUUGCUCAUAUUCUACCUGCCAGCAUCAAAGGCUUCCCAGAGAAGGUUAAGGCACAUGGUCCAGGUCUGGAACCUACUGGCUGCAUAGUAGAACAUCCUGCUGAAUUUACUAUUGAUGCCCGUGCGGCUGGCACAGCUGAACUGAAGAUCUAUGCACAGGAUGCAGAGGGAACACCAAUUGACAUCAAGAUUAAGGACAACGGAGAUAAUACUUAUGUGUGUGUUUAUAUACCAAUGAAAGCAAUCAAACAUACUAUCAUCAUCUCAUGGGGAGGAGUUAAUAUCCCCAAUAGCCCUUACCGGGUGUCAGUGGGCGAGGGCAGUCACCCUAACAAAGUUAAAGUUUAUGGACCUGGAGUAGAAAAGACAGGCCUAAAAGCUAAUGAGCCAACUUACUUCACAGUGGAUUGCAGUGAGGCAGGACAAGGUGAUGUCAGCAUCGGCAUUAAGUGUGCACCUGGUGUGGUGGGACCAGCGGAAGCAGAUAUUGACUUUGACAUAAUCAAAAAUGAUAAUGACACUUUCACUGUGAAAUACACACCCCCUGGAGCAGGGAGAUAUACCAUAAUGGUCUUAUUCGCUGACCAGGAAAUACCAAUCAGUCCCUUCCGGGUAAAGGUAGAUCCAUCUCAUGAUGCCAGCAAGGUACGAGCAGAAGGCCCUGGACUCAAUCGCACAGGUGUGGAAGUUGGAAAGCCCACACACUUCACUGUAUAUACUAAAGGUGCUGGAAAAGCAAAGCUGGAUGUUCAGUUUAGUGGGACCAUAAAGGGCGAAGUUGUUCAAGAUUUUGAAAUUAUUGAUAACCAUGACUAUUCAUACACUGUGAAGUAUACAGCUGUGCAACAGGGUAAUAUAACUGUAUCAGUCACCUAUGGAGGAGAUCCCAUCCCGAAGAGUCCAUUUAUUGUUACUGUGGCACCUUCUCUGGACCUGGGCAAAGUUAAAGUGCAGGGGCUCAACAACAAGGUGGAUGUUGGGAAGGACCAAGAGUUCACCAUUAAUACCAGUGGAGCAGGAGGUCAAGGAAAGGUUGACGUGAAAAUUACAUCUCCAUCACGGCGUCCAAUUCCCUGCAAGGUGGAAACUGGUGUCACCAGUGAGAUUCACACCGUGAAAUACAUGCCUCCAGAGGAGGGACCAUACAAGGUGGACAUUAGCUAUGAUGGCCAUCCUGUGCCAGGAAGCCCAUUCACAGUGGAAGCUGUCAUGCCUCCAGAUCCUUCCAAAGUCCGUGCCUAUGGCCCAGGCCUUAAAGGUGGGUUCGUGGGCAAGCCAGCACCAUUUGCAAUUGACACCAAAGGAGCCGGUACUGGAGGUCUAGGUCUUACAGUUGAAGGACCAUGUGAAGCCAAGAUUGAGUGCCAAGAUAAUGGAGAUGGUUCCUGUUCAGUAUCCUACCUCCCUACAGAACCAGGGGAAUAUUCUAUCAAUAUUUUGUUUGCAGAUGCCCAUAUUCCUGGUUCUCCUUUCAAGGCCGACAUUCGACCUGUGUUUGAUCCUAGCAAAGUGACAGCCAGUGGACCAGGUUUAGAAAGAGGGAAAGCAGGAGAAGUGGCCACCUUCACUGUCGACUGCUCAAAAGCUGGUGAGGCUGAGCUCACCAUUGAGAUUCUUUCAGAUUCAGGUGCAAAAGCUGAAGUGCUGAUCCAAAACAACAGCGAUGGAACCUAUAGUAUCACCUACAUCCCAUCAUGCCCUGGGGCUUACACAAUCACCAUUAAAUAUGGAGGACAUGCAGUACCUAAAUUCCCUGUCCGUGUAAACGUUGAACCAGCAGUGGACACCAGUGGUGUAAAGGUGUUUGGCCCAGGAGUAGAAGCCAGAGGUGUUCUUCGUGAAGUCGUCACAGAAUUUACUGUUGAUGCUCGCUCUCUAACCAAAACAGGUGGCAGCCAUGUCACCACCCGUAUCAUUAGCCCUUCAAAUGCUGUCACUGAAAGCUUUAUAACGGACAAAGGAGAUGGAACCUAUCAUGUACAGUAUACAGCAUAUGAGGAUGGGAUUCAUUUGGUAGAAGUUCUGUAUGAUGAUGUUCCUGUGCCUAAAAGCCCAUUCCGUGUUGGUGUCACGGAGGGUUGUGAUCCAACCCGCGUGCGAGCAUAUGGCCCAGGGCUAGAAGGUGGACUGCUUAACAAAUCCAAUCGCUUCACAGUUGAGACCAGGGGUGCUGGCACUGGUGGUCUUGGCCUUGCAAUUGAAGGUCCAUCUGAAGCAAAAAUGUCAUGUAAGGAUAAUAAGGAUGGUAGCUGUAGUGUAGAGUACAUCCCUUUCACACCUGGAGAGUAUGAUGUCAACAUUACAUUUGGUGGGCGCCCAAUCCCAGGAAGUCCAUUCCGUGUGCCUGUGAAAGAAGUUGUGGAUCCUAGCAAAGUGAAGUGUUCAGGUCCCGGUUUGGGGGCUGGUGUGAGAGCACUUGUCCCACAGACUUUCACUGUAGACUGUAGCAAGGCUGGUCUUGCACCAUUGGAGGUGUUGGUACAAGGACCAUCAGGUCUUGCAGAGCCAGUUGAUGUAAGAGAUAAUGGUGAUGGAACCCACACAGUAAAAUACACCCCAGCUACAGAUGGACCAUACACUGUAUCUGUUAGAUAUGCAGACCAGGAAGUACCAAGGAGCCCCUUUAAGAUCAAAGUGCUGCCAACCCAUGAUGCAAGCAAAGUACGUGCUAGCGGCCCAGGUCUCAACUCAGCUGGUAUACCAGCCAGCUUGCCUGUGGAAUUUACCAUUGAUGCCCGGGAUGCAGGCGAGGGGCUACUUACUGUUCAGAUUCUGGAUCCAGAAGGAAAGCCAAAGAAAGCCAAUAUUCGUGGAAAUGGUGAUGGUACCUACACAGUAUCCUAUGUACCAGACAUGGCAGGAAGAUACACUAUUACAAUUAAGUAUGGCGGAGAUGAAAUUCCCUACUCUCCUUUCCGUAUUCUUGCAGUACCCACUGGAGAUGCCAGCAAGUGUUUAGUGACAGUGUCUAUUGGAGGACAUGGAUCAGGAGCCUGUCUUGGACCCACCAUUCAGAUCGGGGAAGAAACUGUGAUUACAGUAGAUGCUAAAGCUGCAGGAAAGGGAAAAGUGACCUGCAAGGUGUCCACACCUGAUGGGGCAGAGCUUGAUGUGGAUGUAGUGGAAAACCAAGAUGGCACUUUUGAUAUCUACUACACAGCGCCUGAACCUGGGAAAUAUGUCAUCACCAUCCGCUUUGGUGGGGAACAGAUUCCCAACAGUCCCUUCCAUGUGGUGGCCUGUGAUACCAUUCCAAUCAUAGAGGAACCAUGUGACACUGUGCAGCUACAACAGCCCUAUGCUGCACACCUUCCUGGCUAUCCAACUCACUGGGCUACCGAAGAGCCGGUUGUUCCAGUAGAUAAUUUGGACACCAUGCUUAGGCCAUUCAACCUGGUCAUUCCUUUCACUGUGCAGAAAGGAGAAAUUACAGGGGAAGUCCGUAUGCCUUCUGGCAAGACUGCUCGGCCCAAUAUUACUGAUAACAAGGAUGGAACUGUUACUGUUAAGUUUGCUCCAGUGGAAAAGGGAUUACAUGAGAUGGACAUAAAGUAUGAUGGAAAUCACAUUCCAGGCAGCCCACUGCAGUUUUAUGUAGAUGCCAUUAACAGCAGACAUGUGAGUGCCUAUGGACCAGGGCUUAGUCAUGGAAUGGUAAACAAGCCAGCCACUUUCACGAUCAUCACCAAGGAUGCUGGAGAAGGUGGCUUAUCACUGGCUGUGGAGGGUCCCUCAAAGGCUGAAAUCACCUGCAAAGACAAUAAGGAUGGUACCUGCACUGUGUCUUACUUGCCCACAGCUCCUGGAGACUACAACAUAAUUGUACGCUUUGAUGACAAGCAUAUUGCAGGCAGUCCUUUCACAGCUAAGAUAACCGGUGAUGAUUCCAUGAGGACUUCUCAACUCAAUGUGGGGACUUCAACAGAUGUGUCCCUCAAAAUCACAGAGUCAGAUCUGAGCCAGCUGACUGCCAGUAUCAGGGCUCCAUCUGGAAUGGAAGAGCCCUGUUUACUUAAGAGGCUGCCAAACAGGCACAUUGGAAUCUCUUUCACUCCAAAAGAAGUGGGAGAACAUGUGGUGAGUGUGAAGAAAAAUGGAAAACACGUCACUAACAGCCCAUUCAAGAUAAUGGUUGGACAAUCUGAGAUUGGAGAUGCAAGUAGAGUGAAAGUGUCAGGAAAAGGAUUGCUGGAGGGUAUCACUUUUGAGGUGUCCGAGUUCAUAGUGGACACCAGGAAUGCAGGAUAUGGAGGAUUAGGGUUAUCCAUUGAAGGUCCAAGCAAAGUUGAUAUAAACUGUGAGGACGUGGAAGAUGGAACAUGUAAAGUGUCUUAUUGUCCAACUGAGCCUGGCACAUAUAUUAUAAAUAUCAAGUUUGCAGAGAAGCAUGUACCAGGAAGCCCAUUUAUGGUAAAGGUUACAGGGGAAGGACGUAUAAAAGAAAGCAUUACAAGAAGACGCCAGGCCCCAUCCAUUGCAAGCAUUGGCAGCACAUGUGACCUCAAUUUGAAGAUUCCAGGCAACUGGUUCCAGAUGGUCUCAGCCCAAGAACGCCUUACUCGAACAUUCACCCGCAGCAGUCACACAUACACACGCACUGAACGUACAGAGAUCAGUAAGACCCGUGGAGGCGAAACAAAGAGAGAAGUACGUGUGGAGGAGUCUACACAGGUUGGCGGUGAUCCUUUCCACAAUGUCUUUGGUGACUUCCUGGGUCGGGAAAGUCUGGGCUCUUUUGGAAGCAUUACACGACAAGAAGGUGAACCAGGAGCCCAAGAAAUGACAGCACAAGUGACUAGUCCUUCUGGAAAGACAACAGAUGCAGAGAUUAUUGAUGGUGAAGAUACCACAUACAGUGUGCGUUUUGUCCCACAGGAGAUGGGAGCUCACACUGUUAGCGUCAAGUAUAGAGGCCAGCAUGUCCCAGGCAGUCCUUUCCAGUUUACAGUUGGACCCAUGGGUGAAGGUGGUGCCCACAAGGUCAGGGCUGGAGGCAUUGGUUUGGAAAGGGGAGUCGCAGGUGUUCCAGCUGAAUUCAGCAUAUGGACUCGAGAAGCUGGUGCUGGUGGUUUGUCAAUUGCAGUAGAAGGUCCAAGUAAAGCAGAAAUCUCUUUUGAAGAUCGCAAAGAUGGAUCUUGUGGCGUGUCCUACAUUGUUCAGGAAGCUGGUGACUAUGAGGUGUGCAUUAAAUUUAAUGAUGAACACAUCCCUGACAGCCCCUUUGUGGUACCAGUGGCCUCACGUUCUGAUGAUGCUCGCAGAUUGACUGUCACCAGUCUACAGGAGACAGGACUGAAGGUAAACCAACCAGCUUCAUUUGCAGUGCAGUUAAAUGGAGCUCGUGGAGUGAUUGAAGGCAAAGUGCACACACCAUCUGGGGUGGUGGAAGAGUGCUAUGUGUCCGAAGUGGAUAGUGAUAAAUACUCAAUCCGUUUCAUUCCUCAUGAAAAUGGGGUGCACUCCAUUGAUGUAAAAUUUAAUGGUCGCCAUAUACCUGGCAGUCCUUUUAAGAUCCGUGUAGGAGAACAGAGUCAGGCUGGUGAUCCAGGUCUAGUUACAGCAUAUGGACCAGGCCUUGAAGGUGGAGUCACAGGGAGACCCUCUGAAUUUGUAGUCAGCACCCUGAACGCUGGGGCUGGCUCUUUGUCAAUGACAAUUGAUGGGCCUUCCAAGGUGAAGUUGGAUUGCCAAGAUUCUCCUGAGGGCUAUAAAGUCUCAUAUACUCCCAUGGCACCUGGAAACUACCUAAUCUCCAUCAAGUAUGGAGGACCCCAACAUAUAGUGGGAAGUCCUUUCAAGGCCAGGGUGACUGGUACUCGGCUAUCAGGUGGUCACAGUCUUCAUGAAACAUCUACAGUGCAGGUGGAAACAGUCACCAAAUCCUCAGCUUCUGUAGGAAGUUAUGGAAUGGCAGUGCCUAAAUUUGCAUCUGAUGCCUCCAAAGUUGUGUCCAGGGGCCCUGGACUUUCAAAGGCAUUUGUAGGUCAGAAGAACACUUUUACUGUAGACUGCAGUACAGCAGGUACCAACAUGCUGAUGGUUGGUGUCCAUGGGCCAAAGACACCAUGUGAGGAAGUUUAUGUGAAGCACAUGGGAAAUCGAUUGUACAAUGUGACCUAUACAGUAAAGGACAAAGGAGACUACAUCCUCAUUGUCAAGUGGGGAGACCAGAAUGUUCCAGGAAGUCCUUUCCAAGUUUCAGUCCCUUGAGAGACUGCACUACAACCCGUUGCCCUAAAGGCCUCUCAGGAGGUCUAAUUUGCCAAUGAAGGACAGACUUUCCCCUUUUUAUGCAAAUGCACUGAUUAAAAAACUAAAAAAAAACUGUUAUAGCAUAAAUUCACUAAGUGCCUUUGUCUGUCCAAAUUAAGGACUUUCCCAUAAAAUGAUGACACAAAAAACGCUGGGUGUAGGGAGAAGGGAUGCGAGUGUGCACAUCAGCCACCAUGUCCUUUCUGCCUUUUACAUAAUGUUCCUUUAUAUUAUGGUUGGUGUUUUAUUUUCUAAAGUUGCUACCUGUUGUGUUUUAUAUGCGCUUUAAUUGUUUUGUAUUUUUAUUUCAGGGGAGGGGGAUUUUAGGGGUGAGAGGAAUCAGAGGUCAUGGGGUCGGUGUACAGAAGCUAUAGGAUCAGUGUACGGUGACUACUGCUGUAUGUAUUGGUAUUUUCUGCAGUACAUUUAUUAGUAUCUCUGUUAUACUAUCAUUACAUUUAUGGGUCAGCUAGUUUUGCUAAUCAUGCAAUAAUUUUUAAUCAUAAUUUCCAAUCUACCUUAGUUUACAUCCCAACAUAUCCCCAACUUAAAGGGAAUAUGAUUACUUUAGGAGUGGGCUUAUAACAUACCAACAUUAGAUAUUCAAAUGAGGGGAGAUAUAACACAUUUUCCCCUGCAGAAUCACACAUGCGCUAAUACAAGCUUCUCUUGAACACCGUUUUUACCAAAGAAAUCGGAAAACCCACAAAUGUUUAUUUAUUAUGUCCACAUUUGUUGUGGGUAAGUACCCUUGAUAUACUCAAGACCAAGAUGCCCCUUGUAGAUUUAAAUUAAAACGUCUGAUAUCACUGAAUUGUCAGUCCCCUGAAGUCAAUGUGGAAUCUUUAAAACUAUUUCCGUUUACGGUAAGUUGAAAGUUAUGAAGUUAUGAAACUCUUUAGUUGAAGGUUAUGAAACUCAUUUUCUUCUGCACAUUUCGACUCUUUGACCUCUGACCUGUCCAGUCUCUAAAGAAUAUGACUGGUUGUCAUAGCACUGUUAUAAGGGCGGAGCCAAUAUCACAUGGUGCUUUGCCAUGUGACUGCAUUUUAUAGAUAUUUUAUAUGCAUCAAAUUUACUAUUAAAAAGUUUGUUUGUUACAAAUGUUUCAACUGGUGCGUAUAAAGAAAAUAAAGAUGUAUUGCUAAAGUG